GAAUUAAAUAGUUUUAAUUACUUGGACCUUUAUAAGCUUGCGGACCUCUUCAACCUCACUUUGUUGGAGAAUGCAGUGAUUGACUUCUUAGUAAAGCAUCUCUCUGAGCUACUGAAGAGUCAUCCUGAAGAAGUUCUGGCACUUCCAUACUGUCUUCUUCGAGAGGUUUUUAAAAGUGAUAGACUCACUUCGCUCAGUGAGGAACAAAUCUGGCAGCUGGCUGUGAGGUGGUUGGAACACAACUGCCGGUACCAGUACCUGGAUGAGCUUCUCCAGUACGUCCGCUUUGGCCUCAUGGACGUGGACACGCUGCACACCGUGGCUCUGUCUCAUCCUCUUGUCCAAGCUAGCGAGACGGCGACAGCGCUUAUUAACGAGGCCUUGGCCUACCACCAGAGCGUCUAUGCACAGCCCGUUUGGCAAACCAGAAGGACGAAACCUCGCUUCCAGUCAGACACCCUCUACAUUAUCGGGGGGAAGAAACGGGAGAUCUGUAAAGUGAAGGAACUGCGGUACUUCAACCCGGUGGAUCAAGAGAACGUUCACAUCGCGGGGGUUGCCAACUGGAGCGAGCUGGCGCCCAUGCCCGUGGGGAGGAGCCACCACUGCGUGGCGGUGAUGGGAGACUUCAUUUUUGUAGCUGGGGGAGAGGCGGAGCACUCCACGGGGCGCAGCUGCGCGGUGAGAAGCGCCUGUCGCUACGACCCCCGCACGGACUCCUGGGCCGAGAUCGCCCCGAUGAAGAACUGCCGGGAGCACUUUGUGCUGGGAGCGGUGGACGAGUGCCUCUACGCGGUGGGGGGCAGGAACGAGCUGCGUCAAGUGCUGCCUACGGUGGAACGCUAUUGCCCCAAGAAGAACAAGUGGACCUUUGUACAGUCCUUUGACCGAUCGCUCUCGUGCCAUGCAGGAUAUGUGGUGGAUGGUCUUCUUUGGAUAUCAGGAGGAGUAACAAAUACUGCACAGUAUCAAAACAGGCUCAUGGUCUAUGAUCCUAAGCAGAACAAGUGGUUAAGCCGUAGCCCGAUGUUGCAGAGGAGAGUGUAUCACUCCAUGGCUGCUGUCCAGAGAAAACUUUACGUGUUAGGUGGGAAUGAUCUGGACUACAACAACGAUCGGAUCCUGGUGCGGCACAUAGACUCCUACAGCAUAGAUGCUGACCAGUGGACGCGCUGCAGCUUCAGCAUGUUGACAGGUCAAAAUGAGUCUGGAGUCGCUGUCCACAAUGGUAGAAUAUAUUUAGUUGGCGGCUAUUCCAUUUGGACAAAUGAGCCUUUGGCAUGUAUCCAGGUGCUGGAUGUCAGCAAGGAAGGGAAGGAAGAGGUGUUCUAUGGGCCCACGCUCCCCUUUGCUUCCAAUGGGAUAGCAGCAUGCUUUCUUCCUGCUCCUCACUUCACGUGCCCCAACCUCCAGACUCUGCAAGUGCCUCACCACAGGAUCGGCACAAUGUGACACAUGGAACGGGCACCUCAUCAAAUCAGAAGUGGAGGGAGAAAAAAAAACAACUCAAACCCUGUGUACAGAAGGGUUCCUCUGGGUCAGUGAGAAGAAUCAAUCCCCGUGGG